AUGAACCAUAUUGGAUUGAGGGCAUUCAGUCAGUCUGCUAGGCUGAAGGCGGCACCUAGGUUUACAAAGACCUUGUCUGAAGCGAGUAAACCACCAUUACAAAAACCCCAUGUUAUCUUAAGACCAUUUGGAUUAGAAGAAGCUAAGCUUUUGAAUAAGAAAAGUUUUGAUAUAGCUAGUCUUAAUGUCAGAGAGCUUUUAUUUGAUAAGGAGUUGAAAGAAGCCAGACAAGCACAAUUAGAUUAUGAAAUCAAACAUUCACCAUUCUACGAAUCCAAAUCGUUUACUAAUACUAAUGGUAAGAUCUUUACUCCACCAGUAUCAUAUUUCCGUAAUGACAAGGCCAAGUAUUUCCCUGACUUUGUGGGAAAUACCUUAGUGAAUAGAAAUCAACAAUUUUCAUCAUUAUUAUCCGAGCAUAUAAGUAUUGUUCGUAUCUAUUCAACGAUAUCUGGGGAAAAAUGUGCUGAUACUUAUUUUAAGAAUGCAACCAAAAACUAUCUCACCAAAGACUACAUGGAAUUCCAAGAAGAGUUUCCUCAUUCACAAAUAGUUGAUAUUAAUAUCCCUCAAAAUUGGUUAAAGGGGUUUUUUGUCAAGCUAUCCCAAGGUAACAUUAGAAAACUUGUGCAUUCCGCUAGACAUGACAAAUACUUUAUUGUCCCCACUCGUGUUUUCCCGUUUGAUGUGAAAGAGGCUCUUCUUUGUGACAAUGCUUGUUCAGGGUACAUCUACAUUGUUGAUCGAGAAGGUAAAAUAAGGUGGGCCACUAGUGGGUAUGCCAAUGACGAAGAAAUUAAAAUUAUGCGUAAAUGCUUGAAAGGCUUAGAAAAUGAAAUGCUUCAGUCUACCGAGUAG